AUGUCAACAUGGAUAAACAAAAAGCUCUUAUCUAUAUCAGAGAAGGUCAUCGAAAAUGUAAUAGAUUCUAUUGCGAAUAAGAACACGCCCAUUGACAACCUACAGAAUAUGCAAGGGACCCAACUCGGGAAAAUAAUAAGCAAGGUAAUUUCUUCUAAGUACUUUUUCAAAAAUGACGACAUCUGCUACAACUCAAGGAAUCUGGACUUCAACUGGAACAUGAAGAGUAUAGCAAAGAGGAGAAAAAAGAGAAUAAGAAAAGAUAAGGAGAAACGGAUGAAGCAAAGGACGCCGGAUGGAAGAAGAAGCAAAAGAGGAAGCAACAGGCGGAGAGUUCAUGGACACAGUACACAGGAAGAGAAGGAAGGUGAUUGUAAAAAGGAUUCAUAUAACAAUAUUUACAUAAAUUCGAAAAGUUCUAAUUAUUUAAAUAUUGAUGAGUCGUACAUACGUACUUCUUCUCCCUUGAAUAUCAACAAGAAAGGUGAAGGGGAUCACCAUGAGAAGGAGGCCUGGUUGAAAAAAGAACCAAUAACAUGCAACUCCAGCGUGCAAAGCAUCGUUAGCGAAGCUCCACAUGGUGUCAUGUCAUUAAAUUCGAAUUCUGCAUCAAAUUACGAUUCCUGCGCGGAGUAUACAACAGACGGUUCGAGAGGUUCUCCAAAGAGAAUUUCACACGAUACAUCAGGUAGCAGUUCUGGAAGGACAUCUUCACGUAGUUCCCAUGAAAGUGUAAAAAAAGAGAACUCAGAUGAUGCAUCGCUAAAUCUGUCUACCAGUGAAUCUGUAUCGAGUGAAGCAAUUGAAUCAUCUUCCCGAGGAUCGUCCAAAAAGAUAACAUCAUCUUCAGAGGUGGCCGAAAGGGAAAGUUCCUUGAACUCGAAUCAGUACGCCGAGGCAAGGGAAAAUUAUAUGAUGCAGAAACAGGCACAUUUGUGCAAAGUAAACCUUUUCAUUAAAGAAGCGAAAUUAUUAUUUUUUAAUAAGAAUGUGAAUAUCAGUGACAUAUCUAUAUUUGUGACAACCAUUAUGGAGGACAAGAAGUACGUUGGUAAAUUGAGAAAGCUAAGUUCGAGAACUCUGCCAAUGAACAAUUUAAUAAUCAACGAAUGUAUUAAGCAUAACGUGAAGGACAUAUACACUGACAUUGUGAUAAAUAUAAAGUAUGUAAACAAGAAAAAAAACAACGAAGAAAUAAUUCUGGGUAGGGUAAUCAUUCCUUUCUUUCUUCUUCUAAAUACAUAUAGAUAUAAAAUUAAAAGAAUCAGGAAUAGGAUAAAAUAUUGUACCAAGUGCUUUCUAUGGUUACACAUUUUUCCAUGUAACAAUAAAUUAUUUAACUAUAAAUUCUUUAAGCCAGUGGAAGGGUUCGAAGAAUAUGGAAUGCUUAACCCUCUAUACACAUUAGGGUUUUUAAAUAUAAAAAUGAAAAUAAUUUUUAAAAAAAAUCCCCUUCUUUUGACUCUUUAUAGUAACAUGAGGAAACCUUUAUUUUACUAUAAAUUACCUGUACAAUUUGAACCUCUUUAUUGUCAGUACUAUAGCGAAAACUUCUUUGUCUAUGUUACUCAGUUGCCUAUAUGGCUAUAUAAAUUUUUCUACCUCUUCAACCCCAGGAGGGUUGAAAUGAUUGCUCUAAAUUAUUAUGAUUAUGUGUUUAUUUUAUCUUUCUGGUUAUUUUUCUUCCGAUUAAUUGUUAUUUCUCCUUUUUUCCUCAUCUUUGUUCAUAUUUUUUUUUGUCUGAUUUUCAUUUCCCUUUCCUAUAAGUUUGGCCACAUCGAUUCUGACCCCAGCAUCAUGGCAUAUAACUUUCGCCCCGUCCAUGUGAAGAAGAGGCCGCCCCACUGGAACCCCCUUCACGCGAAGAGCCCCCAGCCCCACCAAAUACUCCCCCCAGAGAAUAGGCGCAACGUGCGUUUUUUUGACAGCAAUCGCAGGGAGGUAUUUCUCUCGGCGAAUGAUAUAGACUCGAAUUAUUGCGGCGGGGAGAGAGGUAUCAAUGUACAACAUGAAGAUGCUCCCUCUCAUCGGGGGGGAAGGCAGUUGCACCUCCAAAGUAACUCACUAGCGGAGAAACUUCAAGGCGGUGUAAACAGUUCCGACAUCCCCCAACUGGUAGUGACAGAUGAUAAGUUGAAGAACAACCCAAGUGUGCACGCAGAUGGUCGGGAGCAUACUAAGAGUGGUACCCCUGAGAAGAAUGACGAACUCAAUGGAGAAAUAAUCAGGGAGAUGAACAGCCAAAACGAAUACAGCAGUAAUGGAAGCUUCUAUGGAGAGAGUUUUAUCAGCCCUGAAAGCCCCCCCAAGGACGGAGGACAGCAUGUGGCCCAUUUCCAAAUUGAAGAAAAUUGCUUUGUAAAGCAAUCCAACUUGAAUCACGAAGAGGAAGUGUCCAAUGGAAAUAUGAAGGAUGGAAAAAAUGAACACCCUGAGGAACAAAAAAAAAAAGGUCUAAUCGAAUUUAUGCAGAAUACACCUGAUGAGCUAAACAACAAAUUAAACAACGUAACAAAAUUUGCGAAAAAAAUUCAGAACAUGAUGUUCGAUAGUAGAGAUAAGAAUCCGUUGGAUUUUUUCAAUGUGGGUUCACAUGGAAAUGGGCUAGCUGGGUUGUUUAACGGGAUGAAUGAGAAACGAAGGAAAGCAGAGGGGGAGACUACUCCAAGGGGGGAAGGCCAAAAUGAGAAAGUGGGAGAUUUGCACCAUUGGGGGGAUACGCCAACAAAGGGAAAACAAGGGAGGAACCCCCAAAUGGAUGAUUCAGUUAGGGGCAAUCACCAACCAGGAGAGGGCAACCAAUCAGGAGGGAGUAACAAACCGAGUGAUAACGAACAUAAGCAGUUUAGUACGUCGAAGCAUGGGAAGGAAAGUGCCCGCAGGACGCAUCGUGGAAAUAAGAACGGAAUGGAACAAAGUAUCCAAGGGGAGGUGCACACAGACAACUCAGCGAUAGAUUCUUCUUCGUGCCAAAAUGCGACGGAUGAAUAUUUAGCGCAGUACAAAACAGAAGUAAAUGCUGACGGAGUUGCUAACUCGAAUGGAUUGGAACCCCCCAAAGUGGUAAAUCGUAGUUGCAUGACCAGGAGCAGCGAUGCCAUCCCGUCGUUUGAUCAUAUGAGGGUGGUGGAGGAGAGCCCCUGUUCCAACUCAAACACGUCGAUAGAAUCGAAAUUCUUAAAAAAAAAUUUUCUCUUCGACGCAAUAAAGAACAAUUUAGCAUCCCCAAAUGAAGAGAAAGCCGCCGAGUUGAACACGAAAAAUGGUACGAGUGGGACUAACGAGAAGAAAGACAUGUUUGCGUUUAAGAAGAAAUAUGCAUUUAUGCCAAUCGUGAAAUCUCCGUUCCAUAACUUUUAUUUGUUUUUUAAUUCGAUUGAGGGUAAGAAGACAUCGAUCUUUUCAAAUAACGUGGAUGUACCAAAUGUGCAUUUGCUUCUUAAGCGAUUCAUAAUGCUUAUAACAUUAACACAGAAUUUUACAGGAGCCUUUACAAUGGUUUACGAAAAAGUUAAUUAUGCUCUCAAUUGGGAAUUCACAUCUUACACAUUCGUAAAUAUGAUAAUUUUGUUUUUUUUAAGUUAUGGUAUUUCUUUCAUUUUGUAUGCCAUGUCGUUUGUCCCUCUUUUAUUUUAUCGCUUUCUUUUAUUUUUUGUAAUUUCUGUGUUGCUGAUAAGGAGCUACGAGUUGACGGAGGUCGGCCACAGGGCUAGCCUGUACUACGAGAGGACGCACAGGAAGAAGACCCCCUGGUGGAGAUCUGCUUGGAGAUUGCUCACCAGGAUGGGAAGACGAGUGGUCAAGGCGAAGAGGAAAAGGGAUGCACAAGAAGAAAUGGAGCACGACCAAAGCGCUCUGCCCUACUUUGUGAGGCGUUUCUUUAGAUCGGUGUACAGAGCAAUCCGCCGAUGGAUACGUCGAUUUGUAAGGAAUACCAUUUGCAAAUUUUUCAAGAUCACUUUGAAACAGGUGUAUAAAAUUUCAUGCAGAGGAGUUGUCUAUAUUUACUUUUUAAUUUUUUUCUUAAAAAACUGGGUGACAAGAUUGCUAAUAUUGAAGGAUAUUGAGCACAUGAAGAUAGCCAAGAUGCAGGGAUUUAAAAAUUUAUUUUUCUUUAUUCACAAUCGCAUGAUGCGGAGGGACCCGGGAAUGAAACUCUUCCUCAGAAGCAACGAAACAUGUCCCAGCAGUGGCCACAACAGGGGUGGUGAUUCCAUCGGAGGAACUCCUAAACGGUUGGACAUCAUGAAGGAUCCCUCCAAUGAAGACAAACCUAAUAAAAAUUUCAUUCAUACGCAUAUGUAUGAUAAUUACAAAAAUGCGGAGUCGUGCAUAUACUCCUCCAGUGAUAAGGAUGCUUUGAGUGUGAGAAACGGUGGCUACGACGCUGAGCGCUUUGCCUAUGACGGCGACGACGAGGACCGGGAAUCUCUAAGCCAGCUCACCGAUAACGGCACGAUGAACGUGAAUGUGGAUAUAUUUCUACACUACUAUUUCAAGCGGAAGAAAUACGACCACUUCAACAAUAUCAUAAAUAUCAAUAGAAACCAUCUCUACUCCUACAAGGACAUAAAUCUGCUUCACUCAAACGACGACCAAAACAUCAGCCAUCUCAAUUACGCAGAGUACCUCAACAGUGAAAAUAACUACUCCAGUUCGUAUGACAAUAACAAGAAGAAGAGGAGUUGA